CCCCCCCCUUUGUCUGCAGGCGGAAACAGCUGAGACUGGCAUAUUGGAAAUGUCCGUCCGGGAGCCCCCCCCUGCCAGUCUGGGGUCCUGGGGGCUCCUGCUCCUGAGCCUUCUUCUUGCCCAGCUUGCUUGCCAGGCUUGCCCCGUCCCCUGUGAGUGUUCAGAACCAGCCCGGACUGUCAAGUGUGUUCUGAAGGAGCUGAGCGCUGUUCCGGCUGAGAUCCCCAGAUACACCCGCAACCUCUUCAUCACCGGCAACCAGAUCACUCGCAUCAACAGCCAGGACUUCCGGGGGCUGCCCAACCUUGUCACCCUCUCCCUGGCCAGCAACAGGAUCAGCAGUGUGGCGUCGCAAGCCUUCUCUGCCCUUCCCAGCCUGCGUUACCUGGACUUGAGCAAUAACUGCCUGGUUACCAUCCACCCCGAUGCUUUCAGCUCCAGGAACAACUCCAUCCGGGAGCUGAACCUGAGUCGCUCCCUCUACAACUCCUCUGCCAUCUUGCCCAUGCCGUGGGGCAUGUUCUCCAGCCUCUCCAGCCUCCAGCACCUGGACUUGAGGAACAACUCCCUGGCAGCUGCACCUCCGCCUCUUCCUGAGGGACAAUGGGGCAUGUUCUCCAGCCUCUCCAGCCUCCAGCACCUGGACUUGAGGAACAACUCCCUGGUGGACAUCAAGAACGCCACCUUUGCUGGCCUUGACCUUGAGCACCUGGAUUUGACCUUGAAUGCCCUCAAGACCCUGCGGGUGGAGGCGCUGGCCGAGCUGGGGAGGCAGCUGCACCUCCGCCUCUUCCUGAGGGACAACCCUUUCCUGUGCAACUGCGACAUCGAGGACCUGGUGAGCUGGCUGAAUCAGAGCCAGCAGGUGGCCGACGUGGAGAAGCUGGCCUGUGUCUUCCCCCAGGAUCUCCAGAACACGUCCCUGCUGGACCUGGCUGGGGUCGAGCUGGGCUGCCACUCCAGCCAGCACAGCAAGAACGCUCUGCAGACCUCGUACGUCUUCCUGGGCGUCGUCCUGGGCGUCAUCGGCGUGGUCUUCCUCUUCGUGCUCUACCUGAACCGCAAGGGAGCCUGCCGCAACUUCAUGGAGGAGUAUCGCUAUCGCUACGAGAUCGACUCUGACCCCCGUAUCACCCAGGUCUCCACCUUGGACAUCUGACCGCGUUCCUCCUGGGAGCCGACGCAAGGCUCUCCGGGUGGCUUUGUGAGCUUCCAGGGGUGGCCGGGGGCUGCUCAUCUCCAGAACCAAUUCACCUGCUUGGGGACCAGCUGUCGCGCUCCUUGUAAUGGACCUGGGACUUUUUUUAUUGAGGGACCCGGCUGCGGGGGAGAUGCAGCUGCCCCCUGCACAGUCGGUCUCUUGCACCGUGUUAGCGGCCCGAGGGGUCCUCUGGCAGAGGGUCUUGGCCUUGGCCAGAUCUUUGUGGACAUUGUAAAGGGGAUUUCUGCCUCCCUUUGGUUUUAAGCUUCCAUUCAGGCAUUGUGGGGGUAGGAGGCUCUACCCAAUGCAGGGAGUUGCUAUCCUGGGAACACAAGAACUAGACCCACCCACUGGCUCUGUUAGCUUAGCACCCCCACUCCUCCAGCAUCAAUGCAAACCCGCGAUAUAACGCAAUAAUUAACCUCCGGGCUACGGGACGAUGAUCAGCCUUCACCCAACAGCAUGUGGAUGGGGUCAGCUGAGCUUGGAGGCCGAUGCUGCCAGAGGAAGGUGAAAAGCCAGGGCUGUGUCUGGAGUGCCCGCUAGGGGGCCCCAAGCCAGCAGUGGUGGGACAGCUGGGAUUUCACAAGCAUCCUUGGAGGAAAGGCUGGUGUGACGGACUGGGGCGGAGUUGUUCAUGACUGGCAGCUUUCUGAGAUGAUGACUGAACGCUGGGCGUGCCAGGGAAUCUCUCUCAGGCAUCCUGCAGCUGGGCCAGGAGGCAAUCCCUGGGUAGAGGGGAAAUUUGACAUGGGCGGGGGGUUGGGGGGCUCUUUAGGGGUUUUAUUACUGUAAAUAUUGUAAAGCAGGGGAAUGAAUGGACAGUGGGGGAGGGGGGAUUUUGGUUUUCUCAAUGCACUGAGCUCACAGAGUAACCGGCCCAGCUGACAAAUUCCUGUUACGAACUGAGCCCCCUUGUCAAUGCUAGGGCGGCCUUGCUGCACUCAGGGGCAACGCCCAAUUGACUUAGGAGCCUAAUCGCACUUUCAGAAGGGAUUUAGGCACUCAGGAGUCCCCCUCCGUUGAUUAUCAAAGGCCUUUGACUCACGUGCCUAACAGGCAGCUUGGCGCCAGGUGCUGAGUGCAGCAAAGCCUCGAUAGCUGGCAGGUCUGGGACAGUCCCUGCAAAACGCUGCCCCCGAGACCUCUCCCCCGCCUCUCCGGUGCCCGUUUGGGUGUCAGUGCUCCUGCUGUAUGUGCUGACCUGAACUGGCUGGGGGCUGGCUGCCCCCUGGGGCGGGGGAGAACCGGCUCCGAUCUGGUUUUAUUGCCCAAUUCUGACCAAUAAACGAGUUCUCAAACCAU